AUGUUCACGGGCACUCGGCUUCCCCACCGGCUCCCCCAUGUGAUUCCUCGUCAACGACUGUUCUCAUCAUCCGUCAUGUCAAAUCAGGCAUUCCGCACUGAGCGCGACACAUUUGGUGAGCUCCAGGUCCCUGCCGAUCGCUAUUGGGGCGCACAGACACAACGGUCGUUACAAAACUUUGAUAUUGGUGGUCCCUCGCAACGGCUACCGCCUCCUCUGAUCAAGGCUUUCGGCGUGCUGAAAAAGGCCGCAUCCAUCGUCAAUGUUAGCUAUGGUAUGGACCCAAAGGUUGGCGAAGCCAUCCAAAAGGCUGUUGAUGAUGUCAUUUCUGGGAAGCUCAUGGACCACUUCCCCUUGGUUGUCUUCCAAACUGGAAGUGGAACUCAGAGUAACAUGAAUGUAAACGAGGUCAUAUCGAAUCGUGCGAUAGAACUCCUUGGCGGUGAACUUGGGUCUAAGAAACCAGUCCAUCCCAAUGACCACGUUAACAUGAGCCAGAGUAGUAAUGACACCUUCCCGACAGCUAUGCACGUCGCUGCUGUGACUGAAAUUAACCAUUCGUUGCUUCCAGCACUAACGCAACUCAGGGAUGCACUUAACAAAAAGGCUGAGCUUUUCAGCGGGAUUAUCAAAAUCGGACGCACGCACUUGCAGGAUGCCACACCUCUGACGCUUGGCCAAGAAUUCAGCGGAUAUGUCCAGCAAAUCGAUAAUGGCAUUGCUCGUAUCCAAAAUGUUAUUCCUCGCUUGAGUCUUCUUGCUCAGGGCGGCACUGCGGUUGGCACAGGUCUGAACACCAAGAAGGGUUUCGACGUUAAAAUUGCUGCCGAGAUCUCUACCAUUACAGGCUUGAAAUUCCAGACCGCGCCUAACAAGUUCGAAGCUCUAGCCAGUCACGAUGCCCUGGUUGAGACUCAUGGUGCUCUGAAUGUCAUCGCGUGUUCCCUGAUGAAGAUUGCGAAUGACAUUAGAUUCCUUGGUUCUGGCCCUCGGUGUGGCUUCGGUGAACUAAGCCUUCCUGAAAACGAGCCUGGCAGUAGUAUCAUGCCUGGCAAAGUUAAUCCCACGCAGUGCGAGGCUGUGACAAUGGUCGCCGCUCAAGUUAUGGGCAACCAAACUGCUGUUAGCGUUGCUGGAGCCAGCGGACAGUUUGAGCUCAACGUCUUUAAACCGGUCAUGAUCAUGAACGUGCUGCAGAGCAUUCGCCUUCUUUCUGAUGCCUCGCGGUCUUUUACUAAGCAUUGCAUAGUUGGCAUCGAGGCUAAUGAGAAGCGUAUCAACCACCUCUUGAACGAGAGUUUGAUGCUUGCAACGAUUUUGAACAGCCACCUUGGCUAUGAUAACGUGGCCAAGUGCGCAAAGAAAGCGCACAAGGAAGGAACAACAUUGAAGGAGGCAACUGUUGCCCUCGGAUAUCUGACACCUGAAGAGUUUGACUUGAAAGUGCGACCAGAGCUGAUGUUAUACCCGGAUGACAUAUAG